UCCGUCCCGGGAACGAGCAGUCGCGAAGAGAAUAAAAUUUCAAAGCGCUUCAUAGUUGAAAAUUUUCUUUAGAUUUGCGCCAAUAUGCAGGAUUCAGAGAGGGAAGCACUUCGUAAAAACAGGCAGGCUUUGUUGAAGGAUUUAGAGGCAAAAAGGAUCGCUUCGCGGCUCUUUUCCAAGGCGAUUUUCAGUGACGAAGACAAGGACGAAGUGAACUCUAAAGAAACAAAGAACGAGCAAGGAGAGGCUUUAUUGGACAUUCUUCCUCGUAAAGGACCAAAAGCUUUCAAUACAUUUUGCGACAUAUUGCACGAAGUGUCCCCUCAUUUGGAGUCACUUCUAAGGCCAAUUCAAGAAGAGGGUAUGCCAACUGAAGGUACUGAUGGUGGAAUCGGCAACAAGAAUCCAAUUCCAAGCACUAUCAAUCCAGGUGCAGCAGAAAAAGACAACCAAGUAGAACAGGUAGAACAAAAGAGUGUUCAUCCACAGCCUUUCGCACAGGUGUCUGUCAGCUAUGAUUCAAUUUAUAGAAUGGCUUGUCAACCCAGAGGCAUAGCUGUCAUUAUUAACAACAAGACAUUCCAAGAAAAAACCAGACAGACGUCGCGUGGAGGUACAGACCUGGACCGUGAUGCUCUGAAAAAGCUUUUUCAAAAGCUUCUGUUCAAAGUGGAGGUUCACAAUGACAAAACCACAGCUGAAAUCGUGGAGAUUGUAAGAAAACUGUCAAAACUGGAUCAUUCAAACUAUGAUGCCUUCAUCUUCUGUAUUUUGUCACACGGUGAAGAAGGUGUGGUGUAUGGAACAGAUGGUACAGUUCCAGUGGAUGAAAUAACCUCCAGGUUCACAUCUACAGCUUCUUUGGCUGGGAAACCUAAGAUCUUCUUCUUUCAAGCUUGUCAAGGUCAGAAGUUUAUGGAAGGAGUUGAUAUCCCAGAUGGUACUCAGCAUGGCAAGAGAGCAUCUGUCCCAGUGGAGGCAGAUUUUUUAUUUGCAUACUCCACUGUAGCAGGGUACUAUUCUUGGAGGAAUUCUUCAAGUGGAUCAUGGUUUAUCCAGUCAGUAGCAAAAGUGUUAAAAGAGAAUGCUGACCACAUGGAUCUUCUCAAAAUGUUGACCAGAGUCAAUUCCAUGGUAUCUGAGUUUGAGUCACGGAGUGACAUUCCCAUGUUUAACAACAAGAGGCAGAUACCCUCUAUUGUUUCAAUGCUGAGAAAAGACUUGUACUUCUUUCCUGAAAAACUUGGUUGUACAGAAGUGUUCAAUCAAGAGAGUCAGGAGAAAAAUGGUGGUUCAAGUUGUAAACUAAUGGGAUGGGCAGAUGUGUUCCUGAACCAUCAUGUAGCAGAUGACAGUUCAGGCAAUUUAACAGCAAUUAAUAAGCACACAAAACAUGCAGAUCAAGCUGAUGCUAAACUGUUUUCGUUUGGAGGCAGCUCUGGUGUCAAACCCUCCUCCAACACUUUGGACACGGAGACCGUUUACAAGAUGGAGCGCGGAACACGGGGGAUUGCCAUUAUCAUUAACAAUAAGGAGUUCUUGAGGAGCUCAGGAAUGGAUCGGUAUCCUCGCAAUGGAACAGAUGUCGAUCGAGAUGCCCUACUGAAGCUUUUCAGAAUGCUUAAGUUUGAUGUUAGGGUUUACAAUAAUCGUACCAGGGCUGAGAUAAAUAGAAUUGCAAAGGAUAUGGCAACUUACAACCAUUCCAACUACGAUGCCUUCAUUUUCUCGAUCCUUACACACGGUGAAGAGGGUGUGAUUUAUGGAACAGACGGGACCCUUACCAUCAAGGAGAUCACAUCAGAGUUCAAAUAUUCCGCGUCUUUAGCCGGGAAGCCAAAACUCUUUUUCUUCCAAGCAUGUCAGGGUCACGAGUACAUGGACGGCAUGGACGUAACAGACGCCCCGCAAGAUAAUCGAGUCUCUGUCCCAGCUGAGGCAGACUUCCUUUACGCCUACUCCACUGUGCCCGGCUACUACUCAUGGAGGAAUUCUGUCAAUGGAUCGUGGUUCAUUCAGUCGCUGACGAAGGUGUUUGAAGACAACGCGGAGCGCAUGGAUAUUCUUCGUAUGCUGACCCGUGUCAACGCCAUGGUGUCCACCUACAAGUCGCGAACUGGCGACCACUACUCCGACAGCAAGCGCCAGAUUUCUAGCAUCGUGUCCAUGCUACGCAAGGAAUUGUAUUUCUUCCCUGAAAAUAUCGAGCGCAGUUAAGGAAAAAUUGGCAUUUUAAUGAGGUCGUGUGGUUUCUCAAUUUAGAUUGUAUCGUGUGAAUAAUGUGCCUAGUAUUAAUGAUUAAAGGGAGUCAUGCCGAGACUUUUAGAUGUCUAGAGAACUACGUCAAAAUUUUUAAGGUCAUGUUCUGUCCCGGGAAAAACUGCCUUCAGCUUGAAAGAGACCUCAAAAUAUAGAAAAGUACAGCGGAUUUGAUAGUAAACCAAGAGGAAACGAAGUUAGCAACGGAUAGAGAAAAAUGAAAGGGAUUUGAAACGUUAAAACUGAGAAAUGUAUUCUAAUUUUUUUCAAGGCACGUAAAGCCAGACUGGUACAUUGGUUACAACACUGUGAGAAAGGUUGAGUUUAUUUUUUAUUGGCCAGGAUGCAUUAUUAACCAGUAAUGGUUAAUCAUAAUUGUUUGGUGUCAGCUUAUCUUUUCUCUUCGAUAUUUUUCUUUCACAUGACUGAAAUUAUCUUGACGUAGGUCUUUUGGGGCCCGGCUCUCGAAGGGCUCAGCUACAUUUGGGUCUCGAAGCCAUACUGUGAAGCCGACACCUAAUGGUAAGCAUUGUGGGUCUCAGUUCAAACACGUGGCCAUUCUGCUUUGUUUCCUGAAAUUUUUUAUUGUGGAAACGUGAAAAAUAUUUAUAUCUGAAUCUUUAACGUGAAUGCGGGAACUAAAAAGGUCUUUACGGGACUGGUAAGGAUAGGGACUUUCGAGAAACGGGCCCUUGGAUAGAUAUGGAAAGUGUGAUGUCGGUUUGGUGUCUACUAAGUGUUGGUUGGUGGGUUCAGGAGGUUUGUUCGUCGGUAAUAUCGAUUUUAUGGUGGUCUUCAAAAGCUGCUUUCCAGGCUAAAAGGUACAGAUAACUGCUUAUAUUCUUUCCUAGCGGGGUUACCUUAUUUUUUCUAAAGGUUUUCCCUUUUUAUAGCGAAUAUGUAAUAUUGGCGCGUUUUCAACAGUACUGCACUCGAAUGAGGUGAUAUUUAAAAGCGAAAAAACAGAUAUCAAAUACGUAUCUGCCCCAAAACUUAAACCUUUGUUGUCAACCAGACCUGGACCCUAUGACCGAUCAGGAGGCUUUGGUGGGGGACGAGGAAGGUUUGGUGGAGGUGGAAAUGAAAGAAGGUAAUUAAUGUGAGAUAGUUAAGGCGUCACUUCAAACAAUUCCAGUCAAAGGUUUGGUUGAAUUACUUAUUCGAAACUAAAUUUUGUAGGUAAUUUAAUCAUGUAAGGUAAUGUGUAGAAUGAUUUUCUCAUGAAAACUGAUGUUACAAUUAAAAAUGGACUAUUAAAUGCUGUAA